AUGAGGUGGAUGAAUGGUCGAUGUUGGAAAUUGAAGAUACUUAUNNNNCUCAGUGGCCUGUUGGCUCUGGGAAACGUCAUAUGCGCGUUGAGCUCAGCUAUGGAGGAAAACAGCAGUGGUGCUACAACAGGAGCAGUGGGUGGUGGUGACGCCACUGGUGGAGGCUCUCAGUCUCAUAUCCCUUACAGAGACAGUAAAUUGACUAGGAUACUCCAGGACUCGUUGGGAGGCAACUCUCGUACGGUGAUGAUAGCCUGUGUGUCGCCAGCAGGAGCGGACUUUGCAGAGACCUACAACACGAUAAAGUAUGCUAGUCGCGCUCGUUGCAUCACAAAUAGACCUGUUGUGAACACUGACCCGACGAAGAAGUUGCUGAUGGAAUUGAGACAACAGAUCCGAGAUCUCACUGAGGAGAAGCUGCGGUUUAUGGGCCAUGGAUCUGGUCAGAAUGCUGAGGACAUCAGAGCUGAGGUGGAACAGUGGCAACAGAAGUAA